UCUCUUGGUGAAGAAUCUGCUACAGCAAGUAUAGUUUGCUGGACUCGCUAAUAGUAAGCUGAAGAAAAAUGGGAGGUGGUAAUGAAGGCGAAUCUAGUGACAAAGGGCUGUUUUCUCAUCUUGCUGGCUAUGCUACUGGGCAUUAUCCUACACAUGGAUAUCCACCGCAAGGCUACCCUCCACAAGGAUAUCCACCACCACAAGGCUACCCUCCACAUGGAUAUCCACCACAAGGCUACCCUCCUCAGGGAUACCCACCAGCUGGAUAUCCUCCACCAGGGGGAUAUCCUCCUCUAGGAGGAUACCCUUAUUCAUCUCAUGGUGGAUAUCCACCAGCCGGUUAUCAUGGGGGGCACAGUUCACAUGGACAUGGUGUGGGAGGAUUACUAGCCGGAGGUGCUGCGGCAGCGGCUGCUGUUUACGGGGCUCACCAUUUGUCACAUGGAGCUCAUCAUCUUGCACACGGGGGUUUCUACGGCCAUGGUCAUGGAAAAUUCAAACAUGGGAAAUUUAAGCAUGGGAAAUUUGGGAAGCGCUGGAAGCAUGGCAUGUUUGGCAGACAUAAGGGCAAGUUCUUUGGCAGGAAGUGGAAGUAAACUCCCGGUGUGUGUUCGAAUACGAAUCUUAUCAUACUAGCAUGCGCUUUUAACAGUUUAGACUUGAUUGCCCCUCCAAUAAACAUAUGAAUUUGUUUUUUUUAUAUAUAUGAAUGAAUUUGAUUCA